AUGGCUUCCAAGAUAGAAGGUUAUUCAGUAAUGUUGCUGCUUCUUUGCUUUCUCCAUCCAUUUUCCAAAGCAACUGAUACCAUCUCAGAUAGCCAAUUUAUCAGAGAUGGUAUGACCCUAGUUUCCAGCAGUGGACUCUUUGCACUAGGAUUUUUUAGCCCUGGCAAGUCUAACAAGGGGUAUGUUGGAAUAUGGUACAACAAGCUUCCUCAACAGACAGUGGUGUGGCUGGCGAAUAGGAACAGUCCCAUUCAAGACAGAAAAGGAGUUCUUACUAUCAAGGAUGGCAAUCUAGCUAUCUUUCAUGCAAAUGAAGGAGCACAUAUGUGGUCAACGAAUGUGUCCUCUACGAAAUAUUCAUUUGCCAAGCUCUUGGAUUCAGGAAACUUGGUUUUAUAUCAGAAAAAUCACUCCCACACUCGAAAGAUUAUCUGGGAGAGUUUUGAUUACCCUGCACAUGUUUGGCUUCCAGGAAUGAAACAUGGGAUAGACAAAAGAACAGGUCUCAACCGAGGCCUGACAUCGUGGAAAUCACCUGAUGACCCUGCACCUGGUGAAUUUGUGCAGCUGAUUGACAUGACAGGUCAGCCUCAGUUCUAUAUUUAUCAUCAGUCCAGACCUUACUGCCGAGGAGGACCAUGGAGUGGGGAGGGAAUUGCUGGAGUUCCAGAAAUACCAAAAUCACCGUACUUCAACUUAACUUUUGUGAAUAAUGAAAAUGAGAUGUCCUUGGUUUACACACCUUAUGAUCCUUCUGCUUUUCAUCAUUUUGUUUUAGAUGAAUUAGGCGUAUUUCAAAGGUUGACAUGGGUUGAUCGGACAAAACAAUGGCACAUGUUCUGGUCAAUACCAAGGGAUAGAUGUGAUGUUUACAAGCAAUGUGGAUUGAAUGGCAUGUGCAGCUCAGACAGCUUGCUAGCUUGCAAACGCUUACCAGGGUUUGAGCCUAAGUCUCCUCGGGACUGGAUUCUAAGAGAUGGUUCUGAGGGAUCUGAAGUAAGUCUUGGUUUAGGUCUGAAGGAAUGUGAAAAGGAAUGCCUGACAAACUGUUCUUGCACUGCAUAUGCAGUUGCAGAUAUCAAUCAAUUAGGAAUUGGCUGUGUGGUAUGGUAUGGCGAUUUGAAGGACAUAAGAGAAUACCCUGAUGGAGGAAAUGAUAUAUACAUACAUGUUGAUGCUGUUGAGCUUGCAAAUUUCAAGAAACAUUCUGGCAUCUUCAGCACCAGCAAAAGAUCAAUAAUAGUCUUAGUUUUUGGGAGUACAGCUGCAGUCUUUGGGAUUUUGUUUGGCAGCUCCAAGCGAAUAAAGCUGAUACGAAAUGUUAAGAUGAAAGGGAACAAGGAAAAAUUUCAUGAGUUCUUAGCACUUAAUGACAUGUUGGAUUCAAAUCUUCUUGAAGAUAGUGAAGAACUCAUUGAAUUAUUGCUUUUCGAUCUAGAUAAGAUAACGGCAGCCACCAACAACUUUUCUGAUACAAAUAAACUUGGGGAGGGUGGUUUUGGAGCAGUUUAUAAGGGUCAACUUACAAAUGGACAAGAUAUAGCUGUAAAAAGACUGUCAACCAAUUCAGGACAAGGUAUAGAAGAAUUCAAAACAGAGGCUCUUCUGAUGUCUAAACUUCAGCACAGAAAUCUAGUUCGGCUUCUAGGUUGUUGCAUUCAGGGAAAAGAGAAGAUGCUGAUUUACCAACAUAUGCCUAACAAAAGCUUGGACUUGCUCAUUUUCGAUCAAGCUAAGAGGCCACUACUGGAUUGGAGGAAGCGCUUCCAUAUCAUCCUGGGGAUUGCUCGAGGGAUCCUAUAUUUUCAUCGAGACUCAAGAUUCAGAAUCAUCCACAGGGAUUUGAAUGCAAGCAAUAUUCUAUUAGAUGCUGAGAUGAAUCCUAAGAUCUCAGACUUUGGGAUAGCCAGGACUUUUGAAGGGAGUGAAACUAACCUCAAAACAAAUAACGUGAUGGGAACAUAUGGUUAUAUGCCACCAGAGUAUGCAAUACAAGGUCUAUUUUCAGAAAAAUCCGAUGUUUAUAGCUUUGGAGUCUUGCUGCUAGAGAUAAUCAGUGGCAAGAAGAAUAGUGGUUAUUACUAUGAGGACCCCUCAUCAAAUAUUUUAGGGCAAGCAUGGGACUUCUGGAGGGAGGACAAGGCACAUGAACUGAUAGACCCACUGAUGGAGAGGAAUUCAUAUCCUGUUGAUGACAUUCUUCGAUGCAUACAAGUUGGGCUUCUGUGUGUUCAGGGCAAGGCAUCAGACAGGCCAACCAUGGCAACUGUUGUGAACCUGUUGGGAAAGCAAGCAACAAUGCCUCCACCUAAAGCUCCUGCCUAUAUAAUGACUAAUCAUUCCUCUACUUCUUGUUCUAUAAACAAGGUAACAGUUACCAUAGUUCAAGCUAGAGAAUAG